AUGCGGGGCACGAGCUGCGUGGGCGGCGGCGGCGAGAGCCCGGGUGGCGCAGGGCUGAGCGAGGGCCCGCGGGGCCGUUGGCUGCGCCUAGCCCCGGUCUGCGCCUACUUUCUCUGCGUCUCGUUGGCUGCCGUGCUGCUCGCUGUCUACUACGGUCUCAUUUGGGUUCCCACGCGGCCCCCUGCAGCCCCAGCCGGCCCGCCGCCCAGCGCGCAGUCCUCUCCGUGCGGCGCCCGCGCGGGUGCGCUGCCUGCCCCGGUGCCCGCCGCCGCCUCGGUCUCUUGCCUCCUGGGAGCCCCUGGCGGGCCGAGACCCCAGCUCGAGUUGCCGCGCAGCCGCCGCCGCCGCCGCCACAGUGACCCUAGCCGCCAGACGCUGAGGAAGACGCCGGAGGCCGCGGCGGGGCGAGGACCCGGGUAACCUUCCUUUUCACCCAAGAUGGACCGCCAGCCUUCGAGAGCCCGGUGCCGUCCGCGGAUGCGCCGGUCCCGAAUUGGUGUCUGGCUCCCUCUUCAUGACAUCGUCUAGCGUCUGCGGAGCCGUCAUCCUGAAGAAUGGGGGGCGAGGGGGAGCCGGCUCUGGUCCUUGCUCCUCGCAGCUCCUCCGCCGUCAGCUCCUCCGCCGUCAGGCCGGGUACUCCACCAGGCAGACCCCAUACUGUUCACUGCCUCCUGCUCCUCCCGCAGUAGGGUUCUGUGCACGGAGCCCUCAGCCGGCCCCUCUCCUCCCUCCCUGAAUCUCCGUGUGCAUCUAUCCACCUGCAAUAAACUCCAGCCCCAGCUGCCUC